AACGGAAGUUAACGAUGUUUACAUUUUUUUUGCUAUCGUUUGACCCGUGGUUAUGCCAAUUACACGUGAAGAUUAUUAAUUGUUAAGUCAUAAUUAUACGUGCAGCGACUCAAAUAAACAUCGAAUUAUUCAUGCCCCCUUCACUUUGUGAAAGUGCGCCGCCUCUGUGUUAUUCAUUUGACCCGUUUUUGACAUUUGUCAGCUGUUAAGUGUCAUUGUUGAGGUUAUAAUCAAAUUUUUUCCGCUUUGUAAAUGUAAAUCCAAAUAAAGCACCUCGAAAAACAGUGAUUCCAAUCACGAUGGAGGCCCAGGAGUGUGAGACUAGCAGUUUAGAUGAGGAAACUUCCUCACUCCUAAAUAACGAAUCAUCGGGUGAUUUUGAGAAGGGCUCCCAGAUGAAUGAUUUUGAUGAGAACGAAGACACCAGAUCGGAGUUAAAAUUUGAUCGAGACCUGGAAACGGAAGCGGAACGUAAAAAACGCGCUUUGAUUGAGGACGCUUUGAGUAACAACAAUUCGACUGUGAAAACGUACCAAGAGUUGGCAAUUGACGAGUUUGGAUUAGUCGGAGAUGACUUGCGGUGCAAAGUUUGGCCAUUGUUGCUCGAGCUUGACCCUAAUAACCUGGAAAAGACUCCACUUUUGGAGGAACUAUCGAGUCACAGUGAAUACGAACAAGUCGUACUGGACGUAAACCGGUCUCUCAAGCGGUUCCCCCCUGGCAUUCCAUACAAGCAACGGCUUGCGUUACAAGACCAACUUACUGUCUUAAUUCUGAGGGUGAUUAUCAAGUACCCCCAUUUGCGAUACUACCAGGGUUACCACGAUGUCGCCAUCACAUUCCUGCUGGUGGUGGGCGAAGCCCUGGGCUUCAGCAUCAUGGAGCGCCUCAGCACGGACCAUCUCCGCGAGUGCAUGGAGCCCACAAUGGAAAAAACCUCAUACAGAUUGACCUACAUCUACCCCCUUUUGAGUCGGGUUGACCCUCAAUUGUACGAGUUCAUGGAUAGGGCUAUGGUCGGGACCAUGUUUGCCCUCCCCUGGUACUUGACUUGGUUUGGGCACUCCCUCAACCAAUACAAAGACGUGGUGCGGUUGUAUGACUUUUUCCUGGCGACUCCACCCCUGAUGCCCCUUUAUGUGGCGGCGGCGCUGGUGGUGGAGCGGCGCGAGGAGGUUUUUGAACAGGGUUGCGACAUGGCCAGUAUCCACUGUCUCCUAUCCCAAAUUCCCGACAAUUUGGAUUUCGAGGCGAUUUUGAGGAGGGCGCUAACAUACUACAAGAACCAUCCUCCUCACAAAUUGGAAGGCGAUGUGAAGAAGAGAGUGAAGAAAGAAGCUGAACAGCGGAAGAAAGAAGAAAUGAGAAUUAGGAGAAGACUCAAUAGGAAUAACACCCUUUGGGUGAGGUUUAGUAACAAGAUGCCCACUUGGUUGAUUUUCAAUUACCGAAGUCGAUAUGGAUUGCUGUUUGCCACAGCGACGGUUUUGCUUGGAUAUUACGCAUAUUAUCUCAAGACGACAAAUUCUUCUCACAGUUUUUUCGGUAUUUUUAACACAUGACAUUUAAUUACAGUGGGACCCAUAAAGACGAUGAUGCAUAAGAGGUUUUAUACAAGUUUCUAGUUUAUUUAUUUAUUAUUUUUUUAAAGCAGAGUAAUCGUUCCAACUGUUGUUUAUCACAAAUUUACACAUAAAGUUUAUUCAACCACGAAAUGAUCAUUAUCAAGGUCAUAAGUACUGUACACUUGUUGUAAAUAAGAGGCUUUUAGGGAUUGUUACCACGUUUUGAGCAAACCCAUGUAAAUACAGAGGAGACAAUUGUACCAAAAUAAAAUGGUUGAGAUUUUUAGCAUGCCAAAAAUUAUUAUCAGUGUGAUAUUUAUUUUGAAUUCCAGUUGUUUAUUUUUAUAUACGGUGAAGUGUUUGGACAUCCGCUUUUUAUGUUGUGUUAUAGGAGAAAAUACAAUCAGUAUUUUUAUAUUUUGUUAUGUGAAUGUAAAUGUAAUUAAGUGCAAUCUUUUGUAUUAGUUUAAGGCGUAUAAAUAAAGAGAUUAAUAAAGUUUUUAUUAAAAAA